AUGAGCCGAACCGGAGACGAGACGCCGACGGUGGAGGGCGCUUUCAUCCGCAUCCGCGCAUUGGGCCACGCCGUCGCCUACGCCGGCGUCCGCGUACAGGAGGGCACGACGGCGGCAGAGACCAUUGAACUCGUAGCCAAAAAGCUGCGCAUGAGCGAGGACGAGCGGCUGUCGAAGCGCCUCGUCUGCGCGUACCCCGUCGAGCGCCGGUCGGCGCGCCAGCCGCGGCCGCGCGGCGCGCCGCCGCCGCCGCGGCGCGAGAACGUCGUCUGGCGCGUGCGCACGCUGCUGCGCGCCGACUCGGUCCUCGCCGCGCGGCGCAAGGCGCUCCUCGCCGCGGCGGGCUUCGACGCCGACGACGACGUGCGCUUCUACCUGCACGACGCCGACGCGCCACCUUUAGAUUUUGAGCUGCCGCACGCCGACGACGCGUCGGGGUCCGACGCGUCCGACGACGAGUCCACGAAGGCCAUGGCCGUCGUCGACCGGCGCUGGCUCGAGGACGACGCGACGACGGUGGGCUCGCUCCUGAAGCUGUCGUCGCGCGACCCGAACCUUUGGAGGAGGCGGACGUGUGUCGUGUGUCGCGACCGGCUCUGGUUCUGGCGCGCGGAGCUGGCGCCGGACCCUGCUCUUGUCGUGCCUGAGGAAGGCGAGGCGCCCGAGGUCGCCUGGGGCCGCGCGCUCGACGCCGAGGCCCUCGAGCGCAGCACCUGCGCGCACGUCGACCUGGCGGGGGGCCACGUCGCCGAGUCCAUCUUCCACCGGCGCGCGGCGCCGCACGCGCUCGACGUGGCGACGGCGACGCGGACGUGGACCUUCCGCUGCGCGGACCAGAAGGAGCGCGCGAAGUGGCUCAAGGCGCUCCGGGCGGCGACGGCCGCGGCGACGCGGCGGGCCCGCGCGGCGUCGGGCGACGGCGACGCGCCCGAGGAGGAGCCGCCCGCCGAGAGCGCGUUCUCGUCCGCGCUGCGGUAUAUUGGGUUCGCGAAGUAA